AUGGAUGAUAAACCUGACCCUGCCGGCAAAGAUAAUAUGUCUACCGCUACCCAAUCACUGGAUCUCAGUGUCUCUGAGGAGUCCAUUAUGCCCACUGAGGCCCUGACUGAUGACGGUGCCACUGCUAACCUUGGCCCCAUCAUCUCGGACCAGGAGCAUGGCGAAGCUAUUAAGGAAGGCACCGUCGCUUCUUCUCCGGAAUUGGUCCCUAAAUCGUGUCAGGUUAAGCAUUCCCGUGUUCAUUUUAUUGAUCCGGUCACACUUGCGAAGCCUGAGCUCAAGAAGUCGGACGCUGCAUCCCAGACUAAGCACCAUGUUGAGGACGCUUUGGUCAGUUCGGACCAGGAGACUAACAAGCAGGUUCUAGCUGAGGACCACCUCGAAGGCACUUUACCGAAAGUAAUUGAUUUUGCCGCCGUUGCAAAAGAGUCGGAAACUAACGCAGGCAUUUUGCAUGCGAAGGGCGGUGCAGUCUCGGAGAACGAGCCCAAGAUUGGAUUCAAGCAUGAUCCUGGCGAGGAGAAGUUUCUCGCAAACGUUGAACUUGACGUUGGUACUUCAAAGAAAAAGAGGAAGAGCAAGAGGCGCCCCAAGAGUCAGAGAGGAGAGAACGCACCCUCGGGAUUCGAACCCUUCUAUGCCGAUGCACCAAUGACUCCACAGGAGUUUGAGGAGAACAAGACUAUCUAUGAUCCUGCCUUGCCAAUUCUUGAUCGAAUUGACGAGGGCAUCAAGCGCUUCUUGUACAAGCGACGCCUUGAACCCUACAGACGCAAGGUUUUCCUUAAGUACCUGCAGUACGGCGGUGUCAGCGUGGGCCCCAAUCAUUCCCAGGGAGUGACUCCUUCGGAGUUGAAGGAAAUGACCAAAGAAGAAGCAAUGCAAGCUCGCUGCACUACGGCCAUCUUUCCCAAGCAGGGAAAGCCAUACCCAAUCUCCUUUAACGAUAUUGCCACUGGCUACUUGACUGGGUUCUACAUGGGCCACUACAAUCCUGACACUGAGGAGGAGAUCAAAGUGUGCACUGACACUAUGAAGAAUUUCUUUACUUACCUGCUCUACCACGAUGUUUGUCCCGAGCAGAUAGGGGAUCUCGAGGAAGCCCGAAAGACUUGUGAUCGGUCUGCCAAGGAGUUGUGGAUGAACCAGCAACUCGUUCACCAUCAAGGCCCCGGAGACUUCAACCGCGGCUGCUCCGUGCUGUUUGGUGGCUACUACUUUGAGGAUAUUGAUGACCCCGACGCAUGGACCAAUGUUCGAUACGCUGAUCAAAAGAUUUUCACCACCGAGAUGGCUCGCAAGGUCGUUAAAUAUGCCAUUGCAAUUGCCGGAAAUGAUCGGACUGCUCGCAAAUUCAAGAUUCUCGCUGACAUGAACAUGACCGAAGCCACGCAGGUUCCAGACAUCGAUGGCUUUGAGAUCAUCUCGGUAGAGGAACCUACUGAGGAGACCAUCGCUUAUUACAAUGAGCUGUGCCCCGAUCUCAGCCCAGUUGGCAAGAUUAGAGCCAAGGAAUUCCGUGAUCCUGCCAGAGGUCCCUUUGACCUCGCUCCCUGGGAGAAGAUUGACUGGGAUGCUGGUUUAGCCCCGACCUACGAGUUCGAAUUCCUCGUCGAAGCUGAAUUGUUUGUCCAUAUCUUGCCCGGCAUGAAGAUUAUCGCGGACGUCUUUGAGACCAGCUUCGGACAGUACUACUUCGAUGAAAUCCUGUCGGUCCUGCCAAGCUUCUACAAAUUCAUGUACAACGACUGGAUUAUGGACUACGUCGAGCCCGUACCUCUUGACUUCAUCCCCGACGAGGAGGAAGUCGCACGCCGCCGCGCAAAGGAGUCCAUCAUGAGCCCUCCCGAGCCCACCCCGGCCGAGUGGGCUAUGCACAUGCUGACACACGAGUUGACCUUCAAUCUUCAGCCGGGUGAUGAUGCUAUGGUUGCCGUCUGGCAAAUGAUUCAUACCCUUGAGGCCUUUGGCUGGGAUCUGGAGGAAGCCAAAGACUUGAUGGGCUUGGUGGAUCCAAAUCCGCGCAAAGGUAAGGAAAAGUCGACUGAGGGAGAGCAGUCCCGCACACGCCUUAGCAAUGAGCCCCGCAACAUUCCCCUUUUUGAGACUCCAAAGGAGACCCUUGAUCGGACUAUCAAUCAUUUCCAGAACCCGGAAAAGAUCAAGCCAGCUAUCGCACCGGAGGUCAUCGCCAAGUUCCUUAAGGAGAAAAAGGGGCAGCUUGAAAAGGAACAAGCCCAGCGCGGAACCCGGACUUCGGAGCAGAAGGUUGCGAAGGGCAAGGAGCCUGAGGGACAGCCCGGUAAAGGACCAACGAACAGCCGAGGAACCCAGACUACUUCGAAGGAGCAAGUUAUUGCGGAGACCCAGGAAUCCAAGGGACAUCCCAGCCGGGGGCCGACACAGACUUCGAAGAAGCAGGCUGUUGAGGAAAGGGAGAAAAUCAAGGGUGCACUGGAGGGAGACAACUAG